AUGUUGGUGAAUGUGGCCUUUCAGGGAAGAAUCGACGGCAAUGCUGACGUAUUUCUGACCAGGAGAAGGCGGUUGUUCUCUGAUUUUCUUAGCAAAUGGUCCUUGGCUGAUUCAGAUCGAUAUGACGGUAGUGCUUUCUUCGAAUUUGAUGGUGUUGGUUGGAAAGGUAAGGUGUAUGGUGAUAUAAGGUGGUUCAAUGGUGUAUGUGCUGUGAUGUUCAUUCGGUGGUUAUUAAGGUGGUGUACGGUUGUUUGUGAUAAGGGUGGUUUAUGGUGGGAAAAUGGUUGUGGAAUGUGGGGUGAUCGAUGA